AUGCUGUGUGCGCAACCAAUGAAAACAAGACAUACAGCAGGUACUCUUGUAGUUAUUUGUUUGCCUAGAAUUUAAUGCUAUGCAGCCUAUGCUUCAAAGUUGGUGGUCUAUAACUAAGAAAGUAAAGUAGCCCACAGAAGAAGAAGAGUGAGCAAGUGAGGAGGGGAGAUGUCUACAGUAUGGAUGUCUCUCAAGAGGUCUCUCCAGUGUAAAUCUGAGCCGUGUGAUGUAUAUGAUCCAAAGGCCAGGCUUCAUUUGAACACCAUCUUGACAAGGAAAGCAGGAAGGUCAGGUUGCUCAAGAUCCAUAGCCAACCUCAAAGAUGUUAUCCAUGGGAGCAAGAAGCGCUUAGAAAGACCUCCAAGUUGCAGUCCAAGGUCCAUUGGGAGCAGUGAGUUCCUCAACCCUAUAACCCAUGAGGUGGUUCUCAACAACUCAAACUAUGAGCUCAAGAUCACUGGAUUUGGAGCUUUCCAUGAAGUUGACAAUGGGGUUAACUCCACCUACGUGGGCACUCUUAAGCCUGGGACACCAGGCCCUGGAGGGCACCACCAUGGCUUUAGGUACAAUCCUUCUCCCAGAGCAGCUGCUAUCAGAACUCCUUCAAAAAGAACAUCAUCUCAUGAAACUGUUGCCAUUAUGAGAUGCCACAAGUGUGGUAAGGACUUUGGGAAGUGGGAAUCUUUAGAAGCUCAUCAUCUCUCCAACCAUGCAGUUACUGAACUUUUGGAAGGUGAUUCCUCAAGAAAGAUUGUGGAAAUUAUCUGUAGAACAAGCUGGUUAAAGAAUGAGAACAGUUGUGGGAGAAUAGAGAGGGUUCUAAAAGUUCAUAACAUGCAGAAAACUCUUGGUCACUUUGAAGAACACAGAGAAAUGGUUAAGAACAGAGCCAGUAAACUCCCAAAGAAGCACCCUCGUUGCUUGGCUGAUGGUAAUGAAUUACUGAGGUUUUAUGGCACUACAAUUAUGUGUUCAUUGGGCAUGAAUGGUUCUUCAAGUCUCUGUGCUUCAGAGAAAUGCAAUGUGUGUAGGAUUAUCAGGCAUGGUUUCUCUACUAAGAAAGACUUGAAGAAAGGUGGCAUUGGUGUGUUCACAACUGCUACAAGUGGGAGAGCUUUUGAAUCCAUUGAUGAGCUUCAUGAAGCUCAUUGUGUUGGUGUUAGAAAAGCUUUGUUGGUUUGUAGAGUGAUUGCUGGCAGAGUUCACAAGCCACUUGAUAGUUAUCAGGAAUUGGCCAGGCAAUCAGGGUUUGAUUCAGUGGCAGGGAAGGUGGGUCUCUAUGCUAACAUUGAAGAGCUUUUUACUUGUUGA